GAGCGAGAGAGAUUAUAUAAGUGGGGUUCCUACCCCGAGUUCCACCUCUUUUUGACCACCUCCCUAUCUCACACCCUUUUCAAGCGUGCUUAGCAGAGAUCCAAGUGUUGCAGGAUGGCUAUGACUGACGUGCUCAGCGCUGAGGAUAUCAAGAAGGCUGUGGGAGCCUUUUCAGCGGCUGAAUCUUUUAACUACAAGAAGUUUUUCGAGAUGGUAGGAUUGAAAAAGAAGAGCCCAGAAGAUGUGAAGAAGGUUUUUCAUAUUCUUGAUAAAGAUCGAAGCGGUUUCAUUGAAGAGGAAGAACUGAAGUUUGUACUGAAGGGCUUUACCCCAGAAGGAAGAGACCUAUCAGACAAAGAAACGAAGGCUCUUCUGGCUGCUGGAGACAAGGACGGUGAUGGUAAAAUUGGCGCUGAGGAAUUUGCAACUCUGGUGGCUGAAUCAUAAAGGCUUUGACCAAUGCAAACCCUUCACCCAUCCUUCACUGCCCAAUUCCAACCACCUCCUGCUGACUGCUUUGGCUCCUGUUCUAUUUAUUUAUGUUAUUUUAUACUCCAGCUCUGUUCUCUGCAAUCCUGCAACUCUGUAAUUGUGCUGAAAGAUACUGUUAAAAUAAUAAAGGUCACAUCAAUCUGG